CCGCUUCCUGUUUUAUCGAGGAGUUCAGGAAAGAGAAGUAAUGGCGACGCCAGUGGGGUUGGAGUCCCCCCGUACAUUUGUAAGUCGAAAAAACCGAAGUAAGAAUAUCCUUACGAGGAUCAGACAUGGACAGGUUACAGGCCAUGGAAUGAAACGAGGAACACAGAUGCCGGAGGCGCUCCUUCUGGAGAGGGACAAGCAGGCUCGAUGGCAGGGCAUCCCCAUCCUGCUGCGGAGACUGUACGACAACAGCCGCCCUAACAGUGACAUGUCCCAGAUUCACAAUGUGGUCAAGGAAAUGUCAUCACUGCUAUCCAUGGAGGCCAUGUCUUUUGUCACUGAGGACAGGAAGACCUCUCAGGAGUCCACAUAUCCCAACACUUACACAUUUGACCUUUUUGGUGGAGUUGAUUUGUUGGUGGAGGUCCUUAUGAGGCCUACGCUUACUACUCAGAAAGAUACCCCUAAGAUGAGUGACGACCUUGUCAAAGAUUGUCUGAGUGUCCUCUACAAUUGCUGCAUUUGCACAGAUGGGAUCACAAAAAGCCUUGCGUCACGGGACGACUUCAUCAUGUUCCUUUUCACGCUCACGUCCAACAAAAAGACCUUCUUGCAAACGGCCACGCUGAUCGAGGACAUCCUUGGAGUCCGAAAGGAGAUGAUCCAGCUGGAGGACAUCCCCAACCUGGCCAACUUGGUGCAGAGCUUCAACCAGCAGCAGCUGGCCAACUUCUGCCGCAUCCUAUCUGUCACCAUCUCCGAGCCGGACGUGGGUGCCGACGACAAGCACACGCUCCUGGCCAGGAACGCCCAGCAGAAGGCCAACGCAUGCCCGUCCCGCGCCGAAGUCAAUCAAGUGACCUUGUUGAACAUCCCGGGCUUCAUCGAGCGCCUGUGUAAGCUGGCCACCAGGAAGGUGUCCGAGGCCACGGGCACGGCCACCUUCCUGCAGGACCUGGAGGACUGGCACGCCUGGCUGGACAAUGCCCUGGUGCUGGACGCGCUCAUGCAGAUGGCCACGGAGGAGGCCGAGCAGAGCAGCACGGAAUCCUCCGAUGAGAGCUCGCUGACGGCCAGCCCGCUGGGCCACCGAUUACCGCAGUCCAUGAAGAUCGUCCAUGAGAUUAUGUACAAGGUGGAGGUGCUCUACGUGCUGUGCGUCAUGCUCAUGGGCAGACAGAGGAAUCAGGUUCACAGAAUGCUCGCUGAGUUCAAAUUGAUUCCUGGACUUAAUAACCUGUUCGACAAACUUAUCUGGAGGAAACACACGUCCAACCAUGUGCUGCACGCCCAGAACCAGAACUGCGACUGCAGCCCAGAAAUCUCCUUCAAGAUCCAGUUCCUCAGGUUGCUCCAGAGCUUCAGUGAUCAUCACGAAAACAAGUACCUGCUCCUCAACAAUCAGGAGUUGAAUGAACUCAGCGCCAUCUCGCUCAAGGCAAAUAUUCCGGAGGUCGAGGCGCUCGUCAACACUGACAGGAAUCUGGUUUGUGACGGAAAGAAGGGCUUAUUAACGCGUUUGAUUUCGGUCAUGAAGAAAGAACCAGCCGAUUCCUCUUUCAGAUUCUGGCAGGCGAGAGCGGUGGAGAGUUUCCUGCGAGGGGCCACCUCGUAUGCUGACCAGGUGUUCCUGCUGAAGCGAGGGCUGCUGGAGCACAUACUCUACUGCAUCAUUGACAGUGGUUGUAAGUCUCGUGACGUGCUGCAGAGCUACUUUGACCUUCUGGGGGAACUCAUGAAGUUCAACCUGGACGCCUUCAAGCGCUUCAACAAAUAUGUCAACACAGAGGAAAAGUUUCAGAUGUUCUUGAACCAGAUCAACAGCUCCUUAGUGGACUCCAACAUGCUGGUGAGGUGUAUAGUUCUCUCGCUAGACCGCUUCGAGAGCCAGACCGAUGACAUGAAAGUGGUGGAGAUGUUGUCAGAAUGUUUGCUGCUCUCUUAUAUGGCCCGUGUGGAGAACAGACUCCUCUUCCUCUUCAGACUGGUCAACAUCAUCAACGUGCAGACCCUCACUCAGGAGAACGUGAGUUGUCUGAACACCAGCCUGGUGAUCCUGAUGUUGGCGCGCCGGCGGGGCAAGCUGCCCUUCUACCUGGGCGCCUUCCGCGAGAAGGAGUACGCCGACAAGUACCCCGGCUUCCUACUCAACAACUUCCACCACCUGCUGCGCUUCUGGCAGCACCACUACCUCAACAAGGACAAGGACAGCACCUGUCUGGAGAACAGCUCCUGCAUCCCUUUCACCUACUGGAAGGAGACUGUGUCGGUGCUGCUCACCGCUGAGCGUUCCUCCGCCUGUGCCAUCGCCAGCUACAUCGACGAGGCCUACAUGGACUUGGACAGAGACUUCCUGGAGGUCUAACCUCGCCUGGACUCCCCUGGCUCCCUCCCUGGGUUGUUCAGGAGGAGAGAGAGAGAGAGAGAGAUGUGAUGUUGCCAGGCAGACUGGCCAGGACGCAGCGGUCAGAAGAGAGGGCUUUGCGCCAGGCCCUCAGACAUACUACAGCUCUGAGGCCAAGACUCUGGGGGAUGCUCUUCAGGGAUUUAUUGCUGUAUAGCGAGUGGGUGUGAAUGAUCUGUGUGUGUGUGUGUGGUGUGUGUGUGUGUGUGUGGUGUGUGUGGUGUGUGUGUGUGUGUGUGUGUGUGUGUGUGUGUGUGUGUGUGUGAAAAUGUUGAGCAACUGCUUAUGCGAGUGUGUGUGUGUGAGUGUGUGUCAAGUGUUGUGGUUCUUGCGAAACACAGCAUGUGAGGCUUUGUAAAUCUGGGUGUUUGGUGUUGUAGAUGACUGUGUGUGUAUGUGUGUGUGUGAGAAUUCACAGCAGCUGUGCGAAUCUACAGUAGAGAUACUGUUGAUCUAACCCUCCGCCAAGAGAGCGAGUGUGGAAGAUUCCUCUCACUAGCGCCCCCUACACUGUCUGGGCAUCAGACUGGGUUCCACCCCAUGGUGUUGGGGUGGGGCCGGGGAGCAAAAAGGACUAAAAGAAGCCUACUGUCCUAAGACCCACACCACCACCACCACCACCACCCUCACCCUCACCACCACCCUCCCUCAUUUUGAAAAGAACAACACAAAAAAACGAAUGAUUUCAGGGACACUCUUGGUUGUUUUAUUGUUGGUUUGCUUAGAUUGAGUACAGCCUAUAUAUUUAAAAUAUCUUAUAUAUGCAACUCAUUCACAGAUGGACAGAUUAUUAAAAAGCAAAAGAUCUUAAAAGUUAAUAAAGAUGAUUCAGUCGUCACAAA